CCGCCGGCGAGACGAGCGAGGACCCAUGCGGCCAGCGAGCCGAGCCGGGCCAAAAUACGAGGAGCCGCCCGCCCAGUCCACAUUGCUUCGGCAGCGAGCCGACCGAACACUUCGCCGCGUAGUCACAAGAGCUUUUAUUUUUAUACAGUGAUCGUUUUAUUACCGGGGAAUCAUUGCCAGUCCCACGACAGUGGUGUGCCGUGUGCGUUUUUAUUUAUUUCGACAAACUUGGAAUUAAACCUCCUGUGAUGCCCGCGAGCAGUCUGUUCGACAUGGAUCGGCCCGUGAGCGGAGCGCUGGAGGACCAGCGUGCUCUGCACUUGGCGUUCGAGCUGUCGCGCCUCAACCUCGCCAGCGAUCACCACAACAUCAACAGUGUUUCGGACAGCCUGGAUCAAGUGAUCAUCCCAACGGCUUUCCCCGAGGAGACUCGAAGCAAGAAGAGUCAGAAUAUGACGGAGUGCGUGCCUGUGCCCAGCUCGGAGCACGUCGCCGAAAUUGUCGGUCGACAAGGCUGCAAGAUCAAGGCUCUCCGCGCCAAGACCAACACGUACAUCAAGACGCCGGUCCGCGGCGAGGAGCCAGUGUUCGUGGUGACCGGCCGCAAGGAGGACGUCGCCAAGGCCAAGCGUGAGAUCUUGUCUGCCGCCGAACAUUUCUCUCAGAUUCGCGCUUCGCGCAAGAACAACCUUUCGGGUCUGGGCGGCUCUGCCGGUUCGCUGUCGCCCCCUGGCCCGCCGUCACACGUCCCCGGCCAGGUGACCAUCCAAGUGCGCGUCCCCUACCGCGUCGUAGGCCUGGUGGUCGGCCCCAAGGGCGCCACGAUCAAGCGCAUCCAGCACCAGACCUCCACGUACAUCGUGACACCAUCCAGGGACAAGGAGCCCGUCUUUGAGGUGACCGGGCUGCCCGAGUCCGUGGACGCGGCCAGGCGGCAGAUCGAGGCCCAUAUCGCAGUGCGUACCGGUGCUUCGGGCUCCAUGGGCACAGAACUCUUUGAGGACUCGACAGAUAUGCUGACGUCCCUGUACUCCUCCCCAGGCUUGAACAACCUGUUCAACACCCUGGAGCCCAGCAAUCUGAACAGCCUCAACAGCCUCAUGAACAACGCCAGCACCGAGGGCGGUGUGGUGUCCUUCGCUGGCCUGACCAGCUCGACGGGCAGCUCGGGUGCCUUCUCGUCGGCCGGCUCUUGCUCUAGCUCUUCGUCCGGCUCGACCGGCGGCGGCAGCGGCCGCCUCAACGACUUGGUCAACAUCUGGAACAGCAGCAGCGUGGACCGCGACGAGGGUCUGGGCGAGUCGCCCUCUUUUGAAAGUGCCAUGCCCAGUUCCAAUAUCUGGUCGUUCCAGGCGGCGUCGACGACCGCCUCUGCCAACUUGGGCACGCCCCUCGGCACCGACCUGGUGUCCCGGCCAUCGCCGUCCCACUCGGCCUCCCCCACCGAGUCCCUGCACUCCCUGGGGAGCCUCGGCGGCAUCCUGGGCCACGGCCGCAACUCCCCCACGAAGCGCGACUGCAUGGUGUGCGGUGAGCGCGAGGUGGUCGCAGCCCUGGUGCCCUGUGGCCACAACCUGUUCUGCAUGGAGUGCGCCAACGGCGUGUGCGACUCCUCAGAGUCCAACUGCCCGCAGUGCCAGCAAACGGUCUGCCAGGCAAUCCGCAUCCGCUCCUAAGUCGCCUUUCUCUUAUUUUUCUCUUUUUUCUUUUUAAAUUAUUUACGACAUGAAGAGUAUUUAAAUUUUUAUGUUCUGUUAUAAAGACUGUUUGAAUGUUUUAGUUUCUUUUUGUUUGUCGUACAGUACGCACUAUGAAAAUUUAUUUCAAACGUUGACAUUGUAGCUACUCGUGCUAUAGUGCCACUUUCCAACCCCACAAGGAGCGGAGUGGAUCAUUUGAAUUUGAACAUUCAGAACGAGAGAUACUUAAUAUAUUAUCUAUCUACUAUGAGAUAUUUUAACAAGAUUUAAGAAUUUUGUAUUUUGUGUAAGUGUGUAUGUAUGAGUAUUUAACCAAUAUGAAAGAAUACCUAUAACAAAACAUGUUGACUAGACUAUCUCUACUACUGAGAUUUUCUUUUAUUUCUUGUAGAGUUUUUUGUGUGGGAUGAGGCCUGCAGAAUGUAAAUUGUUUAUGUAUUUAAUUACAAAUUAUGGAAAAUAUUUAUAGUGUCAGCUCUUAGGCGGCCAGAGGAUGAGGUACCGACUCUCCCGGCUGUGAUUCUGAAAACUGCCAACGGCUGCGCACAGUGGUGCUGCCACAAUUGUCAGACUGGCCACAGGGGGGCAAACUCUAAAGACAAGACAAAAAAUAUUCAAAUAAGCUUGUGAUUUGACUGUUUAUUGUAGGUACCUAUCUUAAUUUGUCAAUCCUAGCCACAGCGAAUAGCAGUGGGGUGACCAUUCCUUGUUGUUGUCUGGAUGUUUUAGAGUAAUGAGACAUAUCCAUGUUGUUGGUAUCUGUUGUUUGUUUCUGUUUGUGUGUGAUAUAUGCAUAUAAGUUAUUGAUAAUAAGAGUUUUAAUAAAUUAUUAUUCCCUAGUAAUAAAGCUGAGUAAUAAGCCGGAGGCGCUCUAAUGACAACAGUUGACGCCACUCCCUUCUUUGCUCUCUCGGGCACUAGUUCUUUGGGCAGGACACAAUUGGCUAGGCUCUUAGUUUCUUGGUUUUUUGUUGAUUGGUUAUUUUUAAUUUAUUUCAGGUUAUGCUCAAUUUUAUUUUCUAUCCUCUCCAAAUCAGAAAUGUCCCUCGGUCCCCACAGUCAAAAGCCUGUGGGCCCCAGAUCGCCAGGAAAACUGUGUCUGAUUAAUGAUUACGAUAAGAUAUAUUAUUUUUUUACCUUAAACGGAAUGCCCUUUUCUCUGGUUCGACUAAGAGUUGAAUGCCUCAUUGAGUUCAGUAUUGUUUCUUCUGUUCGACUUUAUUGAUCGAUGUUCAUAUAUUAGAUUGUAUUUUUUUCUAUAGCCUCUGUUUAGCUGUAAUUUAUCGUAGACUAUAGUCACAACAAUAGCGAAAAGUAUUAAAAGUUCAUUAUUUAGUUUGUAAAAUACUAAGAUUUUUCAUUUUAUUUUUUUACAUUUUCAAAAUAGCUCAUUUUGUAAAUAUGUUUUAAGCUAUUCAUAACUACGUACUUAACUCCAUUUCAUAUUGUGUGGACUCAUACCCACAUGCUGAAACAAUGUUUUAAAAGUCCUUGCUAUUUAUAUUUUCAAAGGGAUUGCUCGUCACUUAAAUGAUUGAAAGACUGUUUACUGUAAGUCACACAUUGGGGUGUGACUUUAUUUUGAAAUUGAUUUGACGAGCCCUGAUCGAAGCAAAGCCCGCCAUAUAGCCUUGCACAAGUCAGAUUCCCUCUUUGUUUGGCAUCAGCAAAUUAUUUGUGGCACUAUAUUAUUAGUUUAAUUAAUGUUGCAUCAAAAUGAAUAUUUAAAGCAAUAGUCAGUCAGGAAACUGGCUGAUAUUCUGUUACUUCUAUCCCUUUUUUUAUCGUAUAAAGAUGCCCCUUGUGGGUAUUUUAAAACCGUUUCAUUCUUCCUUGUCAAGUUUGCACAACUUAAAGAGUUCUAGUAUAGUGUUUUCUAUUUUAUUAUGACCCUAUAUAUAUAUUAUCAAACUAUAUAUUAUAUAUAUAUAAAUAUACAAUGUAGCUAUAAAAAUGAUAAAAUAUUAUUUUUAUGUUAGUCUGCUCAAAAGAAAGGCCCUGAGUGAGUGUCUUUUUGUUUCUUUGCGAGUGCGUCAACCGUGAGUAUGAAUCCUUUUUUUUCUACUGAGUGAUAGUCUAGUUGUCUUCCUGGAGGCUAGAUCUCUGCUGGCGCGGCGGCCGCCUGAUGUUCUCUAUGAUGUUCUCUAUCUGUGGAACUAACUACCACUGCAAUAAUCACCGAUCAUAAGUAGUUGUGGAUGGUUUCUACUUUUGACACUACUUUGUAGUUUUAAUAUUGUUCUUUUUCAACAAAAUCCUGUAAUCGAAAAAAAAAAAUUAAUAAUAUUGUAUGUUGAAUUAGUUUUUUCUAUUUAAAACUUUGACAAGGAAAAUCCUUUCCCUUGCCCUCCUUGGAAUCUAUAUGAAAGAAUAUAACGCAAAUAGACUUUGUUGGUUAGUGAGCUCGCUUUCGGGGCCCAGAUAGCCUUGCCGACUAUUCUGACUGAAAGGUGCAACUCUCUUGAGGUCCAGGCCUAAUGUAUGUGUUUUUGAUGUAAAAAUAAAUGAAUGGAAGUACGUCGGCAGAGGCCCGCUCCAACAGGCGGUCAAACUGCUGGGGGUGCUGGCUGGAAAUUAGUACUUCAUCAGUCGAAGCCUGACUGUUAGACAAUGAUUGCCGCUAAAUCAAUGAAAAACCCAAUAAUUUGAAUUUUUAAGCAAUAAUUAGAUUACUUGAAGGCACCUCAGCAGUCGGGCCUGUAGUAUCGGUAGAAGCAAAGAUUUAAAAACAUGCUCAUUGAGAUAUUUAUAUACUUAUUAUAAUAAAGAAAUUUCUAUAUAGUGUUUUCCAUGUGAGAAUGAGUGAGUGGAUGUAUGGGUGCAGUGCUUCGGAAAUCUUAGCAUUUUGGGGCGCCCUCGUCGGGGAACGGAAAGAGAGGGUGUCUAGCAAGCGCACGCAGUGUUCCUCCGGCCUGGACGCUGGGGUAGUCAAAUUUGAUUUUAAUGACCAUGCAUCAUUUGGUUUCUAUUGUGAUUUUUAAAUAAAUUGGAACUGUAAAUUCAAUUGUCUGAUCAUGGCACAGGUUUUUCGUCGCCUGUAAGUUUUUGAAUUGUGACGAGUUUGUUAAAUGUUGAUUCUAGUGAAAUUUGUUUGCGUGCCUUUCUAGACGCCCUUGCCGGGCAGGGCUGGGCCAGUGUCUCGUGCCUGCAUGGCAGGACCGGGACACAGCCUCAUGGCAGCGGCAGACUGGUUCCGGCUGGUCUGCCCAGCACAAGUCGCUUCAAACGUAUACUUUAAAAUUUUAAGUCGUGAGACAAGUCUGCCAAAGGUUAACGUAGAUGAAUUAUGCUAGGUUAUUAUUAUUUUGUCAUGUUUCCUGCUCUAGUUUACCUGCAUUUUUGUAUGAAGGUUUCUUGCCCCAAAACCCAUUAAGAAUUUCGAAGGAUGUGCCAUGCCUGAUUGUUAGCCUGUGGGGAAUGAGACGGAUGCUGUUGGCAAGCACAUUUUCUCUAUUUAUUCUGGCGCCGUGUUGGUGGCGUCGGAUUGCAAAGACCAAAGACAAAGAUCUGUUUAACUCUACUUACUGUUUACUUUCCAUGUGUGAAUCAAUCGGUGUGUUUCGAGCCAUUAUAACUCCGCAGUAACACUCUUUGCUCUCUUCAACACCAUAUCAAAGCUUACUGUGAUUUCAAAGACUGAUCGUGUGUUCUGAAAACGGGUUAUAAAAUCGACAAAAAAAUAUUAAAAUUGGAUGUGUUAUCACAGAUUGAAACUACAGAUUUAAAAUUGCAUUUAUGUUAACUAAUGGUCUCCUGUUCCGGCUCGACGUAGCGACCGAUUGAAUCGUGCCAACAGCAUCGAGGCGGGCCACUCAUUGGCGUAUGGCGUCUCUCUCCCUUUAGCAGCACCUGUUGCACUCUUUGUAGUUUUUUUAUGUAGCUCAAAAUUCGAAUCACAGUUACUUCAUAUUGCCUGCUUCUCAUGUUUUAUUAAGUGUUGCACUGAUUUUACCCUGCUGUUCCUGACAUGUAUCAACGGAACCAAACGCGUGCGUGUUUGCCGCAGUAGUGCUCUGUAUCAUGUGAUUCUUUAACUCUUUGGUGUAUCAGUCUUAGCAGUUUCUUGUGUUCGAUAGUGAACACUUAACCGUCAUCACUUUUGUAAUUUCGUAUUUGUAGAGCUUUGAGCAAUUAUUAUUUGUCUGGCUCGUGAUCUGUAUUUGGCGCGUUUUUAUACUUCUUGAUAUUUAAUAAUCGUUAAUUUUUGUUUUGUUUGUGUGAAAAAUGGUUUCUAGUGAUGUUCACCUUGCUCCAUAAGAUCAAAACACUAGUUAAAUCAUCUGGACUGUUAUUGAAUCUUUUAUUUAAUUUUAUUGUUUAAAUGUUGCGUUGAGGGGCGCGGGGCCGCUCCUGUUCUCCCUCCUGCCUGCGAACCAAAAAAAAAAAAAAAAGAAACCCGAU